GUCAUAAUUGUCAAAAAUUGAGGUUAUUCUUUACUGUACAGAUUUAGGUUAGUUUCUUAUUAUAUGCAAAAGUUUUAUUAAAAUUCAAGCAAAAUGCCGUUCAUGAAAGGUAGAGCGCCUAUCAGGCGUACACUGAACUAUUUAAAUGCCGGAAGACUAGUACUAAAGGACAAAAUCAAGAUUUUCUCCGUUGCGUACAACAUAACAGGAAAUAAUAAUAUGGGUGCAAAAGAGUUUAUAUUCUGGCAUCUACCGCAAAUACAGUACAAAAACCCCGAUGUACAAGUCGUAACAUUGAAGAACAUCACACCUUCGCCUUUUGUAAAGUGCUAUUUUGAAGAUGGAAGAAAAAUCUUAGUGGACGUUGACAAUAAAUCGAAGGAAGAAAUAUUAGAGCAUUUAAUUAGCAUAGUUGGUAAAUCCAAAGACGUUCUAGAUUUAGAAGCAAUCACCGCUGAAAAGAAAGACAACCCGGCCAACUUUGGAAUCGGUUGUGAACGGCCAUGCAUAUGUGAAAUUUAUGGUCAGGUACCAUGUCCUGGAGUGGUCCCGCUACCAAAGUUCAUGAGAGGAAAAUUCAAGAACCCAAAUAAUUAGUUUUAUUGUAAUGGUUACUAUUGCCUUUUAAUUUUUAUGUUGGUACAGUCAACCGCAAAAGUAACUGAACAUUCAGAAAUUCAAAUGGCUUUUACACAUUAACUUCAAUCAAAAUAUAAAUUAUUCCUUGCCUACAAUAAAGUAAACCCUUUGAAAUUAAUUACUGUGAAGAAAAAAAGAUUGUCAAUAUGAGCACAAAAGUUUAAAGGUGAUUUGAAGUUAUUCAUUUGUUCAACUACUUUUGUGUACUAAAAUCAAAAAUGACUUGUGUAUCUUACAGUAAUUUAAUUUAGAAAGACAAUCAGUUCCCUUAGAAUACAUGACGAGCAUAUGAAUGAACUGCUUUAAACAAGAAAAAAAAAUCAAUUUUAUUCUUUCUCUGUAUCAUGUACUGUAGUUUAUACCUUAAACUGAUUUUGAAAAGAGCAACAAUAGAGUUUCUUGCCCGUUCUUCUCUGGUGAGAACUGCUUUACAAACUGGUGGUAUGUUUAAUAUUGACGGACUCUAAAUAAUGUACAACAUUUUACAGGUCCAAGUAAAUUAUAUAAUUUCAUUGAUUUGAGAUUGAUUGAGUGACCAGUGCGAAUAACAUGUUGCAGUGAAACAACAAAUUAAUGUUAUUUGAUGUCAUAUUCUACUAGGAUUGGGAUUUUAAAUUCAGUAUGCUAGCAAGUAGUGUAACAAAGCCUCAAGUAAUUAUGAACAGUCCUUGUUAUUUUAUUUUUUAACACAUGUUACAAUCAUAUUUAUAUUAUAUUAAAAUAUGAAAAAUAAUUGACAGUAAUUAUAAUCCAAAAAAUGAUUCAGAAAGUAAUAACUAAUACUGAGGUAUAGGUAUUCCAGACCCAUAAGAAAUGGAGUUUGGGUGAUUGUGGUUUUUGGAAUAUUAUCAAUUUCUGGUCUUGUUUCUUACAAGUAAUAACCUUGUAUAAUGGUAGUUGGUAAGACGGCAGCAGUGAUAUUUAAUGAUCGGUAGCUAAAAUAGGCCUGCAUUGGUAACAUGGUUGUAUUGCUGUGCUGUAACACUGGUCUGAAGUUCAGGGUUCGAAUUCCGGGUCAGACAAAAGUGAUAUUGGGUUUUUUCUGUUCAGUCUCAGCUCAGAGUCAGGAAUUUGUACUCUACAUGGCUAUAGCCUAAAUCCCUAGCACAUCAUGCGAUGGAAUAUACAAGUGAAAAGUAGGUGCCCUGAUUGCACCUCUGCUUACUCCUUUGGGGAUAAACAUCAAGUGGUGAUAUCGUCCGGUGAGAAGUAACGCUUCCUCAAUAAAGCAUGAUUCAACAACAAAAUAACUCUUUAAAAGGCAAUAGUAAUGUAAUAAUUUAAUAUUAAGAUUUGUAGAUAGAUUUAAUUAAGUUAGUAGUUGUAAAUUAUAUUAAAAAAAGGUCUAUAAC